UGGAGGAGGUGAAAAUGGUGGUGAGGAUCCGAUUGGCGAGGUUCGGAUGCAGGAACCGGCCGUUCUACCGGGUCAUGGCGGCCGAUAGCCGGUCGCCGAGAGACGGCAAGCACCUUGAGGUUUUGGGCUAUUACAAUCCUUUACCAGGCCAAGAUGGGGGUAAACGGAUGGGUCUGAACUUUGAUAGAGUAAAGUAUUGGCUAUCUGUUGGAGCUCAGCCUUCAGAUCCUGUGCAACGCCUUCUUUUCAGGGCAGGAUUGUUACCGCCGACGCCAAUGAUGGCAAUGGCACGUAAGGGUGGGCCACGUGACACACGGCCUGUAGAUCCUAUGAGUGGACGCAUAUUGGCUACUGAGAAGCCAGGCAGUGGUGAUCAAGCAAAAGAUGCUGAAACUGCUGAAGAAAAAGAAGCGGAAAGUGCUGAUGUUAAUGAUGGACCAGGGAGGUUGCAAGAAACAAUCUUCCAUAUCGGCUUGCAGGACAAGCAGCAUGGUAUCGAUCGGUUCUGAAUUGUUCUUAUUAUUGGAAAAGAGAGCAGCUUGUGAAGAGAUUAUGUACUUAAUGUAGGGCUAAACACUGAGAAAUGAGAUCCAGCUACUAUAUAACAUAUUUUCCAGAAAAUUAUUGUAUGGGAUGGAUU